AUGGUGAACUUCACAGUAGAUCAGGUCCGUGAAAUCAUGGAAAAAACAAAACAAAUCAGGAACAUGUCUGUUAUAGCACAUGUGGAUCAUGGAAAAUCAACAUUAACAGAUUCCUUAGUUUCCAAAGCUGGUAUUAUAUCUAGCAAACAUGCAGGAGAUGCUCGUUUUACAGAUACAAGACAAGAUGAACAAGAAAGGUGUAUUACAAUUAAGUCCACAGGUAUAUCUAUGUAUUUUGAGCACGAUUUAGAAGAUGGAGAUGGAAAGAAGCCAUUUCUUAUCAACUUAAUUGAUUCACCAGGACAUGUAGAUUUUUCAUCUGAAGUUACAGCAGCUUUAAGAGUUACAGACGGUGCUUUAGUUGUUGUCGAUACCAUCGAAGGUGUAUGUGUACAAACAGAAACGGUUUUGUAUCAAGCAUUAGGAGAGAGAAUUAAACCAGUAUUACAUGUUAAUAAGGUGGAUAGAGCUUUAUUAGAAUUGCAGAUGGAGGUUGAAGAUAUUUAUCAAACAUUCGCAAGAACAAUUGAAAGUGUAAAUGUUAUUAUUUCUACAUACACAGACAAAUUAAUGGGAGAUAUUCAAGUAUAUCCUGAAAAAGGAACAGUUUCUUUUGGUUCAGGUUUACAAGGAUGGGCUUUUACUUUAGAGACCUUUUCAAGAAUAUAUGCAAAGAAAUUUGGUAUCGAAAAAAGCAAAAUGAUGCAACGUUUAUGGGGUAACAGUUUUUAUGAUGCAAAAACGAAAAAAUGGUCCAAAAAUCAGCAAGAAGGAUAUAAAAGAGGAUUUUGUCAAUUCAUUAUGGAACCAAUUUUAAAUCUGUGUCAGUCCAUUAUGAAUGAUGAUAAGGAAAAAUAUUCAAAAAUGUUAACGAACAUUGGAGUAGAAUUAAAAGGGGAUGAUAAAUUAUUAACAGGAAAACAGUUAUUAAAGAAAGCUAUGCAAUUAUGGUUACCAGCAGGAGAUACUUUAUUAGAAAUGAUUGUUACGCAUUUACCUUCACCAGCUGAUGCGCAAAAAUAUCGUGUAGAAAAUUUAUAUGAAGGUCCCAUGGAUGAUGAAGUUGCUAAUGCUAUACGUAAUUGUGAUCCAAAUGGUCCAUUGAUGAUGUAUAUUUCUAAGAUGGUACCAACAUCUGAUAAGGGAAGAUUUUAUGCAUUUGGUCGUGUGUUCUCAGGUACAGUUGCCACAGGACAGAAGGUAAGAAUACAAGGUCCCCAUUACGUUCCAGGAGAAAAAACGGAUUUAUAUGAAAAGAACAUUCAACGAACUGUUUUAAUGAUGGGUAGAUAUACCGAACAAGUUCAAGAUGUACCUUGCGGUAAUACUUGUUGUUUAGUAGGUGUUGAUCAGUAUAUAGUGAAAUCAGGUACUAUUACUACUUUUAAAGAAGCACACAAUAUUGCAGAUAUGAAAUAUAGUGUCUCUCCUGUUGUACGUGUUGCUGUGAAACCAAAAGAUAGUAAACAACUACCAAAAUUAGUUGAUGGACUUAAGAAAUUAGCCAAAUCAGAUCCUUUAGUUUUAUGUACUACAGACGAAUCAGGAGAACAUAUUAUUUCAGGUUGUGGUGAAUUACAUAUAGAAAUUUGUUUAAAAGAUUUAAAAGACGAAUAUGCACAAAUCGAUUUUAUUGUUUCUGACCCGGUUGUUUCAUAUAGAGAAACCGUAACUGAAGAGUCUACAAUUACUUGUUUAGGAAAAUCACCAAAUAAACACAAUCGUUUAUUUAUGAAAGCUUUUCCAUUGGCUGAAGGAUUACCAGAAGAUAUUGAUAAAGGUAAAGUAUCAGAUAAAGAUGACCCUAAGACAAGAGCAAAUUACUUACAUAGUAAUUUUCAAUGGGACAAAAACUUAGCUUUAAAAAUAUGGGCUUUUGGUCCAGAAACUAUAGGUCCCAAUUUAUUAACAGAUAACACUAGUGGUAUUCAAUAUAUGAAUGAAAUUAAAGUUCAUUGUGUAGCAGCUUUUCAAUGGGCAUCAAAAGAAGGAGUUUUAUGUGAAGAAAAUAUGAGAGGGUGUGAAUAUAGAAUGUUAGAUGUUCAUAUGCAUGCUGAUGCUAUUCAUAGAGGUGCUGGACAAAUUAUGCCUGCAUGUAAAAAGUGUAUAUAUGCAUGUGAAUUAACUGCUCAUCCAAGACUUGUUGAACCUAUAUAUCUUGUUGACAUUAGUUGCCCCCAAGAUGUAGUUAGUGGUGUUUAUAGUGUUCUAAACAAAAGAAGAGGUAUUGUUAUUUCAGAAGAUCAAAAAUUAGGAACACCAUUAUUAAAAAUUCAAGCUCAUUUACCUGUUGCAGAAUCAUUUGGAUUCACAUCAGCUUUACGUGCUGCUACAUCUGGUCAAGCCUUUCCUCAGUGUGUCUUUGAUCACUGGUCAGUUCUUUAUGAUGAUCCUUUUGAUUCAAAUAAAAAUUCACAUAAAAUUAUUAUGAAUAUUAGAGAAAGAAAAGGUAUUAAAGUGGAAAUGCCACAGCUAGACAACUACCUAGAUAAGUUGUAA